AUGGUGAAGCAGACGAUCCAGAUUUUCGCAAGGGUGAAGCCCACUGUCCGGAAGCAGCAACAAGGGAUUUACUCCAUAGAUGAAGAUGAAAACUUAACAUCUAGCUUGGAAAUUAUCUUACCUCGUGAUUUGGCAGAUGGAUUUGUGAAUAAUAAGCGGGAAAGUUACAAAUUUAAAUUUCAAAGGAUUUUUGAUCAGGAUGUAAACCAAGAGAUCAUUUUUGAAAACAUUGCCAAACCAGUUGCUGAGAGUGUCCUGGCAGGUUACAAUGGUACCGUCUUUGCAUAUGGGCAGACUGGCAGCGGUAAGACAUUUACCAUCACAGGAGGGGCAGAGCGCUACAGUGACAGAGGCAUUAUCCCAAGGACACUGUCAUAUAUUUUUGAGCAAUUACAAAAGGACAGCAGCAAAAUAUAUACAACGCACAUUUCCUACUUGGAAAUCUACAAUGAAUGUGGUUAUGAUCUAUUGGAUCCAAGACAUGAAGCCUCCAGUUUGGAAGAUUUGCCGAAAGUGACAAUAUUGGAAGACCCUGAUCAAAACAUUCACCUGAAAAACUUGUCCCUUCACCAGGCAACCACAGAGGAAGAAGCUUUGAACCUGCUUUUCUUAGGAGACACUAACAGAAUGAUUGCAGAGACUCCCAUGAACCAAGCUUCCACCCGCUCCCACUGCAUUUUUACUAUUCAUUUAACAAGCAAAGAACCAGGAUGUGCAACUGUCCGACAUGCCAAACUUCAUUUGGUUGACCUGGCUGGCUCAGAGCGAGUUGCAAAGACUGGAGUAGGGGGCCAACUGCUGACAGAGGCCAAGUACAUCAACUUGUCACUACAUUACUUAGAACAGGUGAUCAUUGCCCUGUCAGAAAAACACCGUUUGCACAUCCCCUACAGGAACUCCAUGAUGACGAGUGUCCUGAGAGACAGUCUGGGGGGGAACUGCAUGACCACCAUGAUUGCAACGCUCUCUUUAGAGAAAAGGAAUAUUGAUGAAUCAAUAUCUACCUGCAGAUUUGCACAACGAGUGGCCCUCAUAAAAAAUGAGGCUGUUCUUAAUGAAGAAAUUGACCCCAGAUUGAUGAUUAUCCGCCUACAAAAGGAAAUCCAGGAACUGAAGGAUGAACUGGCCAUGGUCACUGGGGAGCUGAGGACAGAGGCGCUCACAGAGGCAGAGCUGCUUCAGCUAGAAGAACUCAUAACAACCUUUUUGGAAGACCAGGAUCCAGAGAGUAGACUAGAAGUUGGAGCCGACAUGCGUAAAAUUCAUCACUGUUUCUAUUAUUUAAAGAAGCUGCUGAAUGACAAGAAGAUCCGCGGAAAGAGCCCUGUCUCCUCUGAAAUCAAAACGCAAAACUGCCAAGAACCAUUAAAAGAGGAAGAAUAUAAAAAGCUACGAGAUAUUCUACAGCAGAGAGAUAAUGAAAUCAAUAUUCUGGUCAAUAUGUUAAAGAAGGAAAAGAAGAAAACUCAGGAUGCACUCCAUUUGUCUGGCAUGGACAGAAGCGAGUGUAGACAUUCACAGAGCUCACCUUUACCCCCCGGGAACCCAGAAGGUCCAAGAGUGUUGCUUCCCUCAGCUCCCGGACAAGCCCAGGACAGCCCCUUCGCAUCCAGGUCCAGUCUGCUCCACAGAAAAACAGGGGUGAGAGAGGAAAUGUCACUAGGACGCCAGGAAGCUUUUGAGAUCUUCAAGCGGGACCAUGCUGACAGCGUCACAGUUGAAGACAACAAACAGAUUCUGAAGCAGAGAUUUUCUGAAGCAAAGGCCCUAGGAGAAAGUAUCAACGAAGCGAGGAGCAAAAUUGGUCGCUUGAAGGAAGAGAUCACACAGCGGCACCUGCAGCAAGUAGCUCUAGGCAUCUCUGAAAACAUAGCUGUACCUUCCAAGCCCGACCUGCUGGAAGAGAAGCUGCGAUCACAACUGGAAGAAGAAAAGAGAAGGUACAAAAGCAUGUUCACGCACCUGAAGGCCCUGAAGGUGGAGAUCGAACACUUGCAGCUGCUCAUGGACAAGACCAAGGUGAAGCUGCAGAAAGAGUUUGAAGCCUGGUGGGUGGAAGAGGCCAGCAACCUGCAGGUAAACCCUCCCCCAGCGAAUUCACUUGAACCCAUGCCUGAAUCCCAGCUCAGAGAGCCACAGCAUCUCUCCAACAGAAGUUGCAGUGAUGUGAAUGCCAGGAAAACCCUGCCCUCGCCUCUCCCCAUCCUGCACAGCCAGGAGCCAGGCAGUGCCAGCACCUCCCCGAAGGACAGCCCCGAGAGACCAAUGUCAUCCAUCCCUCUCACUGGGGACACACAGACAGACAACGACAUUCUGGCAUUCAUCAAGGCCAGACAGACCAUUCUACAAAGGAAAUGUUUGGGAAGCAACUGAUUUGCAGUUAGCGUCCAGCAUUCCUUGUGGCCAUAUGACCGGAGUACAGUUGACAGCACCUCCUCCCCCUCGCCCUGGCUUCUGCAGCGAUCAGUGGACUGCUGGGAGCAGCUAGUGACUUGAUUCCAGUGGACGGACUGGCGUUUCCUUAAGGGUGGUCUCAUGGAGGCUGCCAGGGAGGCUGGGGUUGGGCUGGUGGUGCCAUCCUUGCUGUGGUAUGGUUGGCAGGACCUAGCACCAAGGGCAAGACAAGGGCUUCUGCUCACUCUCAGACUAGUGUUUCACAUUCACCAUUAUAAACCCACAUGAAAUAA